GCCUUUGUCCUUCAGUGGCUGUGGGGCAGCUGCCGGUGGAACUGCGAGGGAGUGGGAGCGGGCGAGCGAGUGGGGCGGGAGGGACGGACGGACGGCGCUGCGGCGGCGGGCGCUGGAGGAGCCUGUGAGGGAGCGUAGAGAGCAGGCGCCCGAGCGCCCACAGUGGCAGGAGCAGCCCGUACGCCGCUCUCUCUCUGUGGGGGACCCGCAGUUGCAAUAUGACUUUGGAAGAAUUCUCGGCUGGAGAGCAGAAGACCGAAAGGAUGGAUAAGGUGGGGGAUGCCCUCGAGGAAGUGCUCAGCAAAGCCCUGAGUCAGCGCACCAUCACCGUCGGGGUGUAUGAGGCGGCCAAGCUGCUCAACGUCGACCCAGAUAACGUGGUGCUGUGUCUGCUGGCGGCGGACGAGGACGACGACAGGGAUGUGGCUCUGCAGAUCCACUUCACCCUGAUCCAGGCGUUCUGCUGCGAGAACGACAUCAACAUCCUGCGCGUCAGCAACCCGGGCCGACUGGCCGAGCUCCUGCUCCUGGAGCCGGACGCCAGCCCAGCAGCGAGCGAGGGCGCCGAGCAGCCCCCGGACCUGCACUGCGUCCUGGUGACGAACAUGUCUAAGCACGUUGGAGGCUGCCAGCAGCGGAAGAGAUCCUUGUGAGUCAGCACUGUCAGCCCAGCUACUCCCUACCUACAUCUGCACUACCUCCCCCGUGACUAAUUCCUUUAGUAGGGCAGAUUAGAUAAAGCCAAAUAAAUUCCUGGCUCACCCUCAUUAAGGAGUCAGCUUCAUUCUCCACCACUCAAAGUUAAAAAUAGAAAUGGUGUAGGAGACAGACCUUACUAAUUCCCUAGAAAUACAUUAAGAGUAUGGAGUAGGAAUUUUUUCUUUGCAAUCUUGCCUUUUUUUAAUGAACCUCUUCCCCGAUAAAAACCUUUGGUAGGUAGAUAACUUGUAUUUCCAGAGGUAAAUAUGAUAGCUUUGUCUUUUACGUUUUACUACUUUUUGGCUUGUCUAGUUAAGUGGGAGCCCCAUCAUUUUGCUACUCCUGAAAAUUACUACUCUGUCUCUUGGGAGGUUAUCAGGUGGCAAUUCUCCCUAACUGUUAUGCAGCUCUCAUCUCAUUGUACACAGAGCAUGGAAAUAUUUCUCAGAGCUGUUUCACUCAGGUCUCUUCCACAGGACAAACCUGUGAAUGAUACUCUCAUGCAAAACUAAAUAAGUGUGCAAACAUAUGUAUAUGUUUCGGAGAGUUGCAUGUGUUCACACUUUGCAGAGUAUGGUUUAGUGGAGAAUUACCCUUAUGAUUUUUGCAGGAAAGCAACUACCCGAAGAAAGUUUGUUUUUUAUGGUUGUAACUGGUCUCUGUGUCGCGCAAAGUAUAGGAUGUUCAAGUUGUCUUUCCCUCAACAUGAGUGUCAUUAUUAGCAGAUGCUAAUUUUUUUUAAAUAGUAAAUUUAUUUUUCUUAAUUUGU